AUGUCGUUCGGCAAGCUCUACGGGUUCGAGGGUAACCCUCGCACCACCGUCCUCCAAGCCGUCGCCAAAGCGAACAACCUCAACAUCGAGUUGGUCGACACCAACCCGCUCAAGGGUGGCUUGAGCGACGACUACAAGAAACUCAACCCUCUCGCAAAGAUCCCGACCUUCCAGGGCAGCGAUGGCUACGUCCUCAACGAGGUCAUUGCCAUUGCCAUCUACCUCACCUCGCAGAAUGAGAAGACCACCCUCCUCGGCAAGACCAAGCAAGACUACGCCUCCAUCCUGCGCUGGAUGUCCUUCAUGAACCACGAGGUUCUGACCAGCAUGGGACCCUGGUUCCGCCCCCUCCUGGGCUUCGACCCCUUCAACAAGAAGAACGUCGAAGAUGCCAAGGCGACGUCGUUGGCGAAGCUCAAGAUCCUCGAGAACCACCUGCAGGCCCACACCUACCUUGUCGGCGAGCGCCUCACCCUUGCCGACAUCUUUGCCACCUCCCUCCUCAUCCGUGGCUUCCAGAAUGUCCUCGACAAGGAGUGGGCGCAGAGCAACCCCAGCACCAUUCGGUGGUACGAGACGGUGUACAACCAGCCCAUCUACAGCAGCGUGGCCCCGCCGUUGGCCUACAUUGACAAGGCCCUCCCCAUCGCUCCUCCCAAGAAGGCCGAGCAGCCAAAGAAGGCCGAGCAGCCCAAGAAGCAGGAGAAGAAGGCCAAGGAUCCCGAGGAUGACGAUGAGGAAGAAGACAAGCCCGCGCCGAAGCCCAAGCACCCGCUCGAGGCUCUUCCCAAGCCGACGUUCAUUCUUGACGACUGGAAGCGCAAAUACUCCAACGAGGAGACGCGCACCGUCGCCCUGCCCUGGUUCUGGGAGAACUGCAAAUUCGACGAGUACAGCCUGUGGAGCGUGGACUACAAGUACAACGACGAGCUGACCAUGACCUUCAUGACGUCCAACCUGAUCGGCGGCUUCUUCAACCGCCUCGAGGCCAGCCGCAAGUACCUCUUCGGCUGCGCGAGCGUCUUCGGCGUCACCAACGACUCCGUCGUCAAGGGCGCCUUCCUCGUCCGCGGCCAGGAGGCCCUGCCCGCUUUCGACGUCGCGCCCGACUACGAGAGCUACGAGUUCAAGAAGCUCGACCCCACGAGCAAGGAGGACCGCGAGUUUGUCGACGACAUGUGGUCGUGGGACAAGGCUGUUGUCGUGGGUGGCAAGACCUACGAGUGGGCCGAUGGCAAGCAGUUCAAGUAG